UUCCGGUAGCUCGAUCAGCCAUACACGCGCACACCUAUGUACGCAAGUGGAAAAACGACGGACGGCCUCUAACGCGCUAGAUAUUGUAGCUAUCUAUAUAUUAUUAUUUUUGUUACCGUUAUUGUUGUUAUACCCAUUAAAUAUGGCCCUAUACCCACCAUGACGUUAGUUAGAAAGAUAAUUCGUUUCCUUCCCCCCACAUAUUUAAUAGCAACUUAGAAGGUAUGCUCUAUUUUUUUUAAUACACAAAUAUAUCGCAGCUACAGCUGUACGAUGUGACGUAUUUUAUAUGUAGAGUCAACGAGGAAGUGUCGGGACAAUCGGGACAAUAGCGUCACGGUCAAUAGAUAAAGCAAGUGGCAAGCUCGCAAAGUCCGAGCAUACCACCUGAUCCAUGCCUUAUCAGUGUCGAUGCGGUGACCAAUUGCGAUAGCUAAUUGUCCAAGCGCGGGCAGUUUUCAAAUCCAGUUCUGCAGAUCCAGUCAACUUGGCCAUACCGUUCUUUUUUCCUCUUCUUGGUUAUACAUUACUUUCGUGUUGAACAUUCACGCUCCUGGACUUGAACGAUAUUAUACGACUACUUUUCACGAAUUGUCAAAAAAAAAAAAAAAAAUGGCUACCUUCGAUUUAAGUGAAAUAAAAAUAGUCGACGAUCAUACGUCAGAAUUAGAAAUGUUGAGAAAUUUAGUGGACGAGAAGGAUGAUGAAAAUACAGUACACCUGUUGAACGUUGGAGAAAUUAUUCGAAAGCAUCAACUCUGGAUACAGAAGAUACCAAGAGUGGUUCCUUACUAUGCCGUAAAAUGCAAUCCGAAUCCAACGAUAAUAAAAGUCUUGGCAGCGUUAGGAGGGCAUUUUGAUUGUGCAUCCAAGGGAGAAAUCGUUCAAGUUAUGCAAUAUGAAGUACCAAGUGAUAAAAUUAUUUUUGCUAAUCCGAUAAAAUUUCCAUCCCACCUAGAAUAUGCUAGAAAAGUUGGAGUAGAUACAAUGACAGCUGACAGCGAAGAAGAGUUGAAAAAAAUUAGAAAACUUUACCCAGAUGCAAAGGUUGUAAUACGUAUUCGUUGCGAUUCAACAGUCAAGACUGCGAGAACUCACUGCUUAGAUGACAAAUUCGGAUGUGAUCAUUCCAGUGAUGCUGUUCAGUUAAUAAAAAUGACUUUGGAUCUUGGUUUACAGCUCCACGGAUUUAGUUUUCACGCUGGUAGUCCAUGUGAGGACGCAGUGGCUAUUUGUCGUGGAAUUUAUCGGUGUAAAGAUUUAAUCGAUACGGCAAAAACGAUGGGUUGUCGAGAUGUUAAAUUAAUCGAUAUCGGUGGAGGCUUUCCGGGUGAACGAGAUUUCAUACUUGACGAGUUUGCAGACAUGGUUAAUAAUGCACUUGAAGAUAUAGAUUCGUCUGUAGAAAUAAUCAGCGAACCUGGUCGUUUUAUUGUUGCAUCGGCUUGUAAUUCUGCAGCUUACGUCAUAGGUAAGAAAACUGUGAUGAAAGAAAACCAAAAAACUUUUAUGUAUUAUAUCACCGAUGGUGUGUAUGGUUCCUUCAAUGAAGAACUGUGCACUAAUAACUACUUUAGGAGUCCAGUUAGUAGUUUUAGGAAUCGUCUUAUCCAGUCUACAUCAACGGACGACGAAAAAUAUCCUAGCUCAGUGUGGGGUCCUACUUGUGAUUCUUUUGAUGUCGUUUUAAAAAAUAGUAUGCUACCGGAAUUUAAUGUGGGAGAUUGGCUUGUCUGGGCAGACAUCGGUGCAUAUUCGACAAGUUGCGCGAACGAGUUCAAUGGUUUACAAAUCCCAAAAGUACAUCCAAUUAUGAGACGAAAAGACUGGCUAGACUUCUUAUUGAACUAUUUAUCGACUGAAGUGAAAAAUGGGCAAAAUAAUGAAAUUUACUAGAAACACACGUUAUCCUCAAAAAUUCAAGGCAAAAGUAAACAAAAAUUUUGAUCAGACUGAGAUCUAAUAAAUAACAACGAAAACUUUG